AAUUGUAUAAUCGAAAGCAUUAUCAUGAAUUUUGAGUUAAUCUAGAGCAUUUCUGUAAAGUUUGAACUAAUAGUAUAAACUAAUAUCAAUUUGACUCAGAUGAUCCUACAUUUGAGGAUUCGAACAUGUGACAUUUUUUUACUCAAUUUGAAGAGAUUAUGGCAGAUCAUGUUCACCAAGAAAUAACCCUGAAAUUUGAUCUUGGUAUAUUUGAUUUUGAGUUGAUAACUUAAAAAAAAAUAUAGUUGUUGAAUGUCCCAGUUCGCCCUAGCUGGUUCUCUCUCAGGCACGGAGUCCAAGGCAGCCGCACAGCUUGCAUCUCCGCCAGAAUGAAGGUCUCUUUCCGGUGCAGCUCCUCCUGUCCUAAUCACGAGCCUCUCUUCCGCUGCUGAUGACGUUUCGCUCACCAUCCCGAAGCUCUCCCUCUUCUCCUCCAAUGGGUUCCUCUGCAACUGUCCCGUUUGGUUCUCCUCCCCUGCCGCCUGAACCACCAGAUCCGGAUCUUGUCGUGGUGUUUCCGAUAAAUCCUCCAGACCCUCCACCGGUCCUGCUGCCUCUCUGCCCAGACGUCGAUGUGCUAUCCACGCAGCCUGCUCUGCUGCAUCUUUCGUUGGCUGGAAUUUCUCCCUCCGGAGCUCUCAACUCUGGCCUGAGUUACUCCUCCUUUCGACAUUAUCCCGUUUCAAAGCCGAUAAUUAUUACCUCUUGUGUGGAACAUGUUUUGUUAAAGUCAGCCUUAAGGGCAUCAACGAUUUAUCAUCAAGAGUCGUGUGUGGUUUCCUUAUCUGUUGCAAGAUUAUUGGUAUCAAUAGCUGAGUGCAAGCUGACUUCCCUUCAUUACUCAUCUCUUCAAAGUCUUGAGGACUGGGCUUGGAAGGUUGAAAUAUUGGUGGUGAUUUUCUCUCUGUUGGCAGCUCUUAAUACCGCAAUGCAGCAUUUUGAAGUGGAGCUCUCUACUGCUUUAUGCAGUUCUCAGUCAAGGCCUAUCUUCUCUUGCUUCAAGCUCUCGCAAGGCUAUGGUGGUUCUCCUCACAGCUCUCAGUCUCUUCAAAGAGGUGUUUGGUCGCCUUUGAGCUUGUAGCUGGGUCUUUCCCAAUUGGUUACUUUCAGAUUUGCCCGGCAAAGGGAAUGUGGAUGCAAGGCCGUGUCCUCCAUCGCUUAUUGAGUAGAGUGGGCUCUGGACACGUCGUCAAAGCGGUGAUGAUUCACAAAGCCUCUCAACCAGCAAUAUCAACUGGACUCUCAAGACUUCAGAUUCUUCCGGACUCAAUCGUCCCCUUCUGUUCCCUGCGCUUAGGGAUGGACUUGAAUGAGAUUACAGGUUUCUUGAGCUUCAAAAACCUUGUUCCUCUCUUCACUCCGUUAUCAUGUGUUUAUAAUCUACGCACAGCAUUAUGUUUAGCUGUUGCUUUUGCAAAGGGUGUUGUACCCAGACUUUGUAUUUCAAGUACUCUGCUUUGAGUUGGAUAUGAAAUAAAAUUGUUGACAAAAAAAAAAAAAA